CCCCGCCGCGUCCCAGCGUCCCCGCGUCACUGCGCCCUCGGGCGCGCGGCUCCGCGCCGACACGAACGGGGGGCGGAAGGGGAGGCCCCGCACGCCGCCGCCGCCGCGGUGGACAGGGCCUAGCGCUAAAUUCAAAACGCACGCGAGGGCCCCGCUGCGCGCAGGCGGCUGGCUGGCCCCGGAAGCGGAACGCCGCGGGCUCGGCGCGCCGCCCCCUCGGUGCCCGGAGUAGGCCCUUCUCCCGCCACUGGCGGCUCCCGAGCAGGCGGCGCGCGCCUGGGGCCCCGGGAGCAGCGCGCGGCAUGGCGGCCGGCGGGGAGCGCGGGGGCGCGGGGCUCCCCCGCCAGUACGUGUUCCUGCUCCCAGAAUGUUUGAAAGAUGCUCCAAAGAUCAAAAGCGGGCUAAUGUUUGUAAAAUUGGCUAACCCAUGUUCAGGGGAAGGAGCCAUGUACUUGUUCAGUAUGUGUCUGCAGCAGCUGUUUGAAAUAAAAAUUUUCAAGGAAAAACACCACUCUUGGUUCAUAGAUCAGUCAGUUCAGUCAGAAGGACAUCUCCACUUUGCCACACCAAUGGAUCCCUUAUUUUUGGUUCUCCACUAUCUCAGAAAGGCUGAUAAAGCGGGAAAGUUUCAGCCACUAGAUCAAGUGGUAGUAGAUGACAUGUUUCCGAAUUGUGUCUUGUUGCUGCAGUUUCCUGAACUGGAGAAGUUACUUUGCCAUGUGACAGAGGAAAAAGAAAUAGAUGGCAAGAAAUAUUACAAAUACAGCAAAGAGAAGACAUUAAAGUGGCUGGAAAAAAAGGUUAAUCAGACUACAGCAGCAUUAAAAGCCAGUAACAUCACUGUUGGAGCCCGGGUACAGUCAGCUGCCUUUUUACCUGGUGACCAGGUGUCCAGAGAUAAGGAAGAGGAUUAUAUUCGUUAUGCCCAUGGUCUGAUAUCUGAAUACAUUUCUAAAGAAUUAAGUGACAACUUAUCUAAAUACUUAAAGCUUCCAGAACCUUUGCCUUCAUUACCAAACCCUCCAUCAAAGAAAAUAAAGUUAUCAGAUGAGCCUGUAGAAGCAAAAGAAGAUUACACUAAAUUUAACACUACAGAUUUGAAGACUGACAAGAAAAAUAGCAAAGUGACUGCAGCUCAGAAGGCUUUGGCUAAAGUUGACAAGCGUGGAAUGAAAAGUAUCGACACCUUUUUUGGUGCAAAACUUAAAAAAAAGAAAUGAAACUUUGCAAAAGAAAUCUAGCAACAAUUUAUUUCUGCUUUUUACAUGUUCUGUUUUCAUCUUUCUUCACUGCCUCAGUACUUCCAGAUCCUUAAUUGCCAUCUUUUGCAGGGGGAAAAGAGGCCCAACAGAGAUGCUGAAGGGCAAUUUCAAAUUCACUUCAACAUUUCUUUUUAUUUAAUUUUUGUGUUCCUGAACAAAAUAUGGGGAAGUAGUUGUAUAACUUCAUAGCUGUUGUUGGCCUUUGGAGACUUGUUUGAUGUAAUGAAGAGUAGUCAAGUGAAUUGAAUUAACAUGUAGCAGCACAGUUUGCUCAACUGACAUGACUUUAUUUGAGUGUGUUCCUCUUAUUUUAUGCGACUUUGUCACAGAAUAGCUGUAGCAAUACUGUUUUCAAUAUACUGAGAGACACCGUAUAACAAAGCUCUCAGGUAAACUGUGACCUUUCAAAAGGCUUUGGUUUUUGGUAACACUUCUGUUUGGUGUUAUUUUUCUGUUUUUAUGACUGUAUGUUCGUUGUAGAAAAUACAGAAAGUAUGAAACAAAAACUAUAUCUCUCAGCUUUUCAUUACUCAGAGAUAAAGUGUUGCAUUUUCUUGGAAUACUAAUUUUUAAAAAAGAAUAGUAUUAAUUUUAUAAUUUUAUAUAUAUUUAUGUUUUUUAGACAUUAUUUUAUGAGCAUUUCCCCAGUCUACUAAGUAUUCUUCCUAAAAUGCUGUUUUAAUGACAGUGUAAUUUUCCAUUAUUUGGAUAUUUGAUUACUUGAUAACCAUGAUACAAUUUCAAACAUUUAGAAUUAUUUCUAAAUGUUUAUGAUUAUAAAUAAUGUUGUGAAGAAUCAGAUUAUAUGUAAAUAUUUGCCCACAUCUUUUGUUGUUUCCUUAGACUUUUUUUUAGAUGUGGGCUUACCUGGGUCAGAAAUAUGAAGUUUUUCCAAUUUUUGGUAAUGUAUUUCACAGAAAGCCUUUAAAAUAUUUCAUUCUAACAAAUUGUGUGUGUGUUAUCUUUUUCAGUUUCACUUUGUUAUCUUUGUUAUAUUUGCCAAAUAAAUGGAAAAAAAGGCAUUUUACCGUGGUUGUAAUUUGUAUUUCCCUGAUU